UGAAUCCGGCUGAGCCUACGUGUACAGCGUCGAUUGGAUUGAGUCACAGUUGUUUGUGCGGCGAGGCUGGAGGAUGCCUUUCAUUCCCCUCCUGCUGACUUUGGUUCAGGGAGGCCAAGGUGUACGGGCCAAUGAGGGCCAGGGCCACAAUGGAGGAUUGUAAACUAGGCAUGCAGGUAAGAUUGUUGAUGCUGUGACCUCCCACACUACGCGCUGGGCGAUCGCGUACCCCCUGAUGGCCCACAUUGGGUUGGGUCGAGUCUGUCACCGAUAUAUCAGAUAUCGGCCACAGUGACCCCAGUGGAUGCCACGCCAACUCCUCCCAGACCAGACCGACCCAGCAGCUAUAAGGACUGAAUAACGUUCUCCAACCGUGCAAGCUUUAUUUUAUCCCUACUUGAUAUUCUGAUGAAUUCGUUGUCCUGUACUUGACCUGGAGACACGGCGGCAAGAUGGAACGCAUGGAGAGCCCGGGUAGGGAGGUUAAGAGCGAAGCUGCCGACCAAGACGCCUUCCACAUAAAGCUUAUGGCUCCUCCCGUUGGAACGAUAGGCGAGGAGUUUGAUGAAGCAAAAAAGAAGGCCUGGGAGGAGAAUCGCCAGAAGAUGGCGUUGAAAGCGGUCGUGGAGUACCUCGACUACAGCCACUUCAAGAAUCGCUUUGCGGAAGACGAGGGCCUGGCGGUCAUCGAGGUUCUCUUGGGCCAUCACACACUGGCACAGCAGAUUUGGCAGGAGUCAAACCAGCGCCACAUGCAAGGCUGGGGAAUCCGAAUUAAUCGGGUCCCAUCGCGGACCAAGGAAGAUGGCGACACUUGGAUCCAACGCGUGAGGGUUCAAUCGCCUCAGCUUCUUCUCCUGCUGUCCCGCUUGACUGGCCAUCAGGAACAGUGGGCUAACGCUGGCGCCCGAGUCUUCUACCGACCGUUUCUUUCUUUUCAUUAUUAUCUUCCGCAGAUGAAGAAAUGCCUAGAGAUUUUAGAAAAGAACUGGUCGGCAGCAGAUAAGAUGGAGGGCUCUAAUCUAGCUAUUCCAUCAAACGUCACCCCAAGGGCCCAGGACCGCCGUGGAGACGCUAAAGAUGAAUCCAGUCACGCAAGUGAUGAAUUCAGGCCCAUGACGCCCGAGGAAUCCGUGGUAGGGCCGAUCGCAGAUUCGGUUACAGCACUGCGCCAUGUUCGGACUUAUGUACAGUUCAUGGAGACGGAAAUCACUCCUCUCUGGGAGCGUGCAGCAGGAACAACGCAGCGCAAGGUCUCCUUCUUAGACUUGUGGAUGUUCUUCCAGCCGGGCGAGCUAAUUUACGUUCCUUCGCUGUCCGAAUCGUCCUCGGGACAGAUCUGGCCGGGGCCAGCCAAUAUCUCUCAAAAGGUUUGGAGGCUUCACACGAUUGGUCGUGACUCGUUUUCGGAGUAUACUGCUCAAUGUGAUAUCCCCUCCAAGUCGAGCCAGGAGCUCGAUCUCUGGUGCUAUUUUAUCGACUUUAACGGGGUCUCCUACGAGCCUUUUGUCGAGAGAUUCUCCAUCCGCUCCUACGAGGGUCUGCGGGAUAUCACCACGCUGAAGGUGUACCCCCUCCGUUUCUUCAAGGACAAGGACAAAGUCCUGGACGCUCAGCGAAAGCAGGGGCAGGAGUUUCAAAAGGCUCUGGAUCAGAAAUAUUUAUACUAUGAAGGUUGGACGCUCGCCUUUGAGCCCACAGACCACCAGAGGUUGUCCGAAGGGGGGAACACGGAGCACAUAGAUAGUCCGGUGAUGAUUGACUUUGUUGAAGCCCAUAAAUCGGAUGAAGGCCUCGCAUCAAAGUCGAACUUCACACUGGGAUGGUCUGAGGGCAGUUGGUCGGCAAAAGAAGAUCCGAUGGCGAUCAGGCAUUGGGACGACAGCGGAUACCAUGUGCUGGGAGAGUUCACGGAAACCAGACAGUUGGAGGAGAGAUUCGAGGAGACUUUCAGCAAGUAUGAUCUCGAACACAACACAUUCCUCCGAGAAUCCCGCGAAGGAAGCGUAACACAAGUUGGAGAUGAUGAUUUGGUUCUUCUACCUCGACGCGUUGUCGGAUAUACUUUUCACGAGCGGAGAUUCGUUCGGUUCGAUACGCGCUGGCUGCGGCCAAUUUCGAAAACCGAGAAUGUCUUCAAAGACUUGAGAAUCGACGAAAGCCACAAGCGCAUGGUUCGGGCGCUAGUCAAGACUCAUUUCCAACGUCAAAGGCUGAAUUUGGACUUGAUUCGGGGCAAAGGCUCCGGGCUCGUCAUUCUCCUGCACGGUGUCCCCGGGGUGGGCAAAACGGCAACGGCGGAGGCUGUCGCUCAGGCGAACAAUAAGCCUCUGUUUGCCAUUACUUGCGGUGAUCUGGGAUUUACGCCUGAAUCCGUAGAUACCCAUCUGAAGGAGAUCUUCCGUCUCGCACAUCGCUGGGGUUGUGUGCUACUCUUAGACGAAGCAGACGUGUUUUUGACGCGCCGAGAUAUAAGCGAUUUGAAUCGGAAUGCUUUGGUAUCAGUCUUUCUCCGAGUACUUGAAUAUUACAGUGGGAUUCUGUUUCUCACCACCAACCGGGUCGGCAUCCUUGACGAAGCCUUCAAGUCACGCAUUCACCUGACCUUGCAUUACCGAAAUCUCAGUAGGGAUCAGACUCUAGGAAUCUUUGAGACUAACAUCCGCCGGUUGCGACGAGCAGAAGAGGAUAAACGGAAACGACUUGCCGCUGACCCUGAUCUGCCACCCGCACCCACACUGAGGAUCGAUGACAUCAGUAUUCUAGACUAUGCUGCAUGGCACUACGACAACAACGAGGACCACCGUUGGAAUGGAAGACAGAUCCGGAAUGCCUUCCAAGUUGCAUAUUCGUUCGCUCAGUUCGACAUGCAGUCCGGUGCGCUGGAUGCAUGGGAUGAAAAUGCCGAAGAAAACGACGAAGAAACCACCCCGAGCCCUGAGGAAGAUAAACCAGUUCCAUCAGUGAAUGUCAAUCAUGUAAUGGACUACCAACAGUUCGAACUCAUCGCGAACACCAUUCGCCGGUUUGACAACUACCUAUUUGAAACCAUCGGGGAGACCGAAUCCGAGCAAGCCUUCAACUAUAGUCUCCGGGCCGACUAUCAUGACCCUGACGAGUUAGACGAUGGUCUAGUCUAUACCCCGCAACCGCCUUCCCAGAGAGCACGCCGGGGACGACAAUACAACUAUCCCCCUCGAGGCUCAUCUCGAGGUAGAGGACAGGCCCGAGGCGGUCCGUCCAGAGGUGGAAAUGGAAUGCCCCGGCCUGCGCGCCAGAAUCUUCCACGAGAGGCUUCUCCGACCCCAGCUUACAAGCCGCCGUCUAAAGAUGUCAUCGGUCAGCAGCAGGCUCGAAUGGCACCCCCCAGAGGCAGAGGGCCACAAGGAACGCCAAGGUCCUCUGCCAGCCCCAGGUCUGCUGCCCCCAGAGCUCGCGGUACCGGCGCCCCGAGACGACCCCCUGGGCAACGGUCUGCUGGGUAUCAGCCUGGUUAUGCUGACAGUGGUUCCCGGGAUAUGGAACGCUCCGACUACGAUGAUUACUUGGAUGCCGAGGGAUACGAGGAUGAGGCUUACGAAGGAUACGACCUCGCGGAAGAUGACCAAGAUGAUUACGAUAAUGGUUACUAUGGACAUUAGAUAGUCUAAUAGAGCCAACCGAAGUAGAUCGAUUUGCAAUUCAGCCA